AUGCCAGGGCUUCGCAUCGUCCUCGGCGGCGACGACGCCGGCUUCGCCUACAAGUCGACCAUCGCGGCCGACCUGGCCUCGGACCCGCGCGUGGCCUCCGUCGACGACGUGGGCCCGCUCGCCGACUCGGACAAGACGGCCUACUCGACUUUUGCGAUCCGGGCCGCCGAAAAAGUGGCGUCGGGCGAGGCGGACCGCGCGCUCCUCAUCUGCGGGACGGGGCUGGGCGUCGCGAUCGCCGCGAACAAGGUCCCCGGGGUCCGGGCCGUGACGGCGCACGACAGCUUCAGCGUCGAGAGGAGCGUGCUUAGCAACGACGCGCAGGUGCUGUGCCUGGGCCAGAGGGUCAUCGGGAUCGAGUUGGCUAGGAGGUUGGUCAAGGAGUGGUUGGGCUACACUUUCGAUCCGAACUCUGCGUCAGCGGCCAAGGUCAAGAUCAUCAACGAUUACAACGCCGAAAAGUCAAAAUAA